UCAUCGUCUCCGACAAGCAACUUCGCAACAAACGGGCCCUGCGCUGCGACUGGACUUUGUCUAAGCUGGGGGUUAUUGUAUUAAUUUUGCUUAAAAUUUAUUUGUUACAAUCAUCUUUGAAUUGGCCUGGGAUAUUCAAAACCAGAACCUUUUGCGAAUUCUUGGCUCUCCGCAUCAUCGCAGCGGAAGCAAUUUUUUUCUUUAAACUUACGACUGCUGCUAUACCUCACAACACACCUUCUUGAUCAACACAAUGGCUGUGGUCAAGCAAGAUCCCAGGUCGUCGUCGCCGGCGUCGGAAAGCGAAGAGAGCGGAUCGAGCGGAUCGAGCAGAUCGUCUUCUCCGGCCAACGUGAAGCAGGAAGCCGAAGAGUCGUCUAGCGGAAAAUCAGAGUCGGAGAGCGGUUCGGACGCCUCCAGCGAGAGCGGCGAGAGUGCUAGUGAAAGUGAAAGCGAAAGCGAAAGUGAGGGGAAGGCCCCGAAGGAGGAAGAAAAGAGCGAAGAACCUACCAAGAAGAAGUCCAAUGUCUCGUUUAUCGAACCGAAAGCCUUCAAACCACCAUUGGGCUUCAAGUCCGCGAAAAAGCAGUCCUCAUCCUCCAACGUCUCGUCCAUCCUCUCCAACCUCCGCGGCAAGCAGGUCUUCCACAUCACCGCCCCAUCAUUCCUCCCUCUCUCGAAAGUGAAAGAUAUCUCACUCGCCAAGGUCAUGCAAGGCGAGCCGGUCUUGAAACAUGACGGCGUGAACUAUGGGAUACCAGCGGACAGCAUCAGCCAGACCGAAGCGGACGGGAAGACACUCUUUCUUCACGACCCGAAGACCCAGAAAUACCACGGCACGCCUGCGAGUAACGUCCAAAGCUACCAUGUUCAGGAAUUGAUCAGUAUCCCGGAGAGCAACGGCCCGACAUCGAUAGCGGCGCAGGAUUACGAAAAGCCCCCGAGGACACAACCCAAGAACCUGAAGAUGCGCUUCCGGCCUGUGGGAAGUGGAGACGGUCCCGCGGAGACGCUUGGUAGCUCUGAAUCAGAGGGGGAGGACGAGAAGCCGAAAUUCAAGGUUCCCAAGGGCUCUUCUGAGAAGGAAGAGCGGAAGCGGAAACAUCACCACACUGAGGGAGACAGCACCCAAGCAACCGCAGCUCCCCGGAAGAAGUCGAAGAAGCAUUCAUCUGGUGACAAGAUGGACGUCGACGAGAAGACCGAGAAGAAAAAGUCCAGCAAGAGUAAGGAUGAGAAGAAGCGGAAAAAGACAGAAAAGGCUUGA